UAUUUGUUGUUGGACAAAAAAUCGAUAAAAAAUUAGUAUAAAAGAUCUAGUAAACUAAAAAUGCAUUGGGACUUUUAGUCUAACCAGGGAACGAAGAACAUAUAAGCUCUUGUGGAAGUCAAACUAGUCUAGAAGUCUCAGUCGCGUCGAAAUCAAAUUACAAAAACUUGAAAUCAACAUGACGUUCGCAAGUCGAAUUUAUUGGCGAAAUAAUUAUGGCACCGUUAGAGAGAGGAGAUCAGAUUUUCAUAAAAUAUUAUGACUACUUACAAAAUUUAACAAUUACCAGAGCAAAUGACAAGAAUCUUGAACAGCCCGAAGAGUAUCGCAUUAACUUCAAGGAAUAAAUGGUGAAUUUUUUUAUAAAUCCUCGAUGGAAAUCCUUACCAAUGUUAUCAAAAAGAAAGAAAUAUUCAACAUCGUAAGUGAAAAAUAUGUGUACAUAGCAUAGUUAUUCAUACUUAUAUUUUUAAAGGCAUUUAUUGACAAAAAUGAACUCAUAUUGACAUAUUCAACAUCUAAAAAAAGUUUCAACACUCAGAUUUGGAAUGCUGAGUAUUUGAGACCCAAAAACUUCGGAAAUAGAUAUAAGAAGACUUAUACAAAGAAGAACGCUUACAAACCUGUACUUCAGCCGAAUGAAUAUAUAAUGCCAAACGUUUUCCUGAGAACAAUGAAAAACGUUAUACGGUCCAGGAUAGACUUAUGAAAUACUGUGAAACCGAUGAACCACAAUUUGUACAAGAAUCAAAUAAAUUCAAACAACCCGAAAAUAGACAGCAAUACAAGACCAAUACUACACUUUAUUCAGCUCAAGAUCGACUUAAACAGUACAAGGACAUCGUUACUCCAAAAUAACCACAGCUUAUACAAAAUGGCACUAGGACUAUAGAUAUGAACCGAUUUGAAGUUAAAGUAAAUUACUGCAAAGAAAAAAAUCUCAACACUGACAUAACAAAAGACCUAUGUACUAAGAAAUCAACAUUAAAACUAGGCGAGACACAAAAAAUAAUGAUAGUUCAAAAACGAACGAAGACAUGUUAUCAUGUACACUCGAUGGAGAGUAGAAAGUCUGUUAUCACCUUGUGUGAUAAACUACACGAAAUUGAAAAUAACUUAAGACGCAUCCAGAAAGUUGAGAAAUACGAUAUGUGCUUGAUAUUUUUUGGCGUUGAAUGGUACCGUGGGAAAAUUAUGGACGAGAUAAACGAUGAAUCUUCUCGAAGGAAUCCAAUAAAAAUAUAUCUUAUAAAGACCGGGUCCAGGGGAGGUGUUCAUCGAUUCAUCCGACAGUUUAUGUUAAUCAAAAUUGUUCAUUGCGCCUUGAAAGUCUCAUUGAGUAUUAUUUCAUUAAAGACCGCCAUUUCGUUGUGA